GCCAUUUCCAGUCUGAGGACAGAAGGCCGGCUGUCCUGGCCAGCUAUUCCUGAGCAGGAGGUGGAGCCUGCAGGGAUAAAUAGGCGGUGACAGCUCCGGACAAUCCAGAGCUCCAGGAGGAAAGCGCAGAACCACACUCUUCGUGCAGCUCUCCUGGCACAGUGGAGUGGAGACGAUGUCACCCCUCCUGGCUCUGGGGCUCUUGUUGGCCGGGUUCUGUCCUGCUGUCUUCUGCCACCCUGGUGGCCCAACAAAGGCCGCUGAGGACGGAGACAAUGGGAUGCACGUGGACAGCCUCAGCCUGGCUUCCAGAAACACUGACUUCGCCUUCAGCCUCUACAAGAAGCUGGCUUCAAAAACCCCAGACGAGAACAUCAUCUUCUCCCCCCUGAGCAUCUCCACCGGGCUGGCCUUGGCGUCCCUGGGGGCCCGCAACACCACGCUGUUGGAGAUCCUGCAAGGCCUCAAGUUCAACCUCACCGAGACCCCCGAGGAGGAAAUCCACCGGGGCUUCCGCCACCUCCUGCGCACCCUGAGGCAGCCCAACAGCCAGCUGUACCUCAACGUGGGCAACGCCCUGUUCAUCCAAGAGCAGCUGCAGCUGCUGCCCAAGUUCAUGGAGGACGCCCGGGACCUGUAUGCAGCCGAGACCUUCAGUGUCAAAUUCCAGGACCCCCCAGCUGCCAAGCAGCUCAUUAACGACUUCGUGAAGAAAGAGACCCAGGGGAAGAUCCCAGAGCUGAUAGAGAGCCUGGACCCGAGCACCAUGCUGGUUCUGGCGAAUUACGUCCUCUUUAAAGGCAAGUGGAAGUUGCCCUUUGACCCCAGCGACACCUAUCCGGCAAGAUUCUACCUGAACAAGAACAAGUGGGUGAAGGUGCCCAUGAUGAACCUGGAGAAGGAGCACAUGGCCUACUACAGGGACCAGAACCUGUCCUGCACCGUGCUGGAGCUGGAUUACAGGGGCAACGCCAGCGCGCUGCUCAUCCUCCCUGACGAGGACAAGAUGCCCUUGAUGGAGGCUGCGCUGAGCCCGGAGUUGGUGAAGCAGUGGAGACAGUCCCUGCGGCCCAAGUGGAUAGACGAGCUCUACCUGCCCAAGUUCUCCAUCUCGGGAGAAUAUGAGCUGGAAAGGACACUCCCCGAGCUGGGCAUCAGGGAACUCUUCUCCUCGGGGGCCGACCUGUCCGGGAUCACCGGGGCGCCAAACCUGAGAGUCUCCAAGGUCAUCCACAAGGCUACUCUGGAUGUGGCUGAGAAGGGCACAGACGCAGCUGCCUCCACAGGAAUGAAGGUUGUCUUGACAUCUGGGUUGGUAGAUCCAGUGAUCCUGCAGUUCAAUAGGCCCUUUGUGUUGAUCAUCCGUAAUACGAACACCGAGAGCAUCCUCUUCCUGGGCAAAUUCGCCAACCCCCAGAAAACCUAGGGCUCCUGCUGAUGUGAUUAGGGGGCGGUCUGAGAGGAGCCGGGGAUGGGGGUCUCUGCAGCUGAGCUCCAUGUGCAUCCUCAGGAGGGUGACAGUGACGGCCUGUUGCAGAGCCCAGCACUGUUCCACCUGAGGCCUCUGACAGCGCCGACCCCCCUUUCCUGGACACUUUCCCUGGCUUCGCUGCUGAGUGCCUGCCUCCUCAUAUCUGCCUCCCGGGAUCCCGUGAGCUUUGGCCAAGCCCUCUGAGGCUUCAGGCCCAGGAUCUGGGGGGGACCCUGCUCCCUGAGAGCACUUUCCAAAGCCACCUUCAAUCUUUCCCUUGCUGGAGAACAGGUUCUGUCUGCCUCCUGCUGCCUCCGCAGGGGCCCUGGCCGUGUCUACCUCAGUUGGGGUCCUGGGCCCCUAGGGCCAGCUGGAGGGAGGUGUAGGCAGGACACAGCUGGGCGUGGAUGGCUGUGCAUUUACCACGCGCUGUGUACUUGCAGAAGCUGGCAGGCUCUAGUCAAGCUGUAACACGCACUUGUUACAACCGCCUCUGAACUCCUGGCCUUUGUCUCAGCCCAAAGAUGGGCCUGGGGCACUCUCAUCAGCAAAACAGUUGUUUUCAGAAACCAGCUCACCCCUCUGAGAAUGAGGACAGAGGUCCCCAGCCCUUGGGAAUUUCAGGCACCUGCCCGCUGCCUCCUUGGUGAGUCCCAUUGCUUGGUGGCUGUUCCCUGCAGCUGCAACUUCAGAAAUAAACGUUCACUUUGAAGCA